AUGUUGGUGGCUACCACCGGCGAGGAGUGCCCUGCCAACCGCGAACUUGCUUCCAACGACAUUCCCCGUGGCUACACAAAGGGCUCCCUCUCGGCGUCAGGAGCCGUGGCGGCGUUCGUCACCGGAUGGGCGACUUGCGCAGCAGGCGGACUUCUGCCUGCACUGCAUCUUGUGGCCUUUUUUAUUUCUUCCUCGGCGCUCACACGAUACGGCGCAAAGCGCAAGGCCGUGCUCGAGGCAGAAUAUGCCACAUCGUCUUCAAGAUCGGCUGUUCAAGUUCUCGCAAACUCGCUCACUGCUUCUCUUGCUCUCAUCGCCGCUGCUCUGCUCGACAGACAUCAUCAUCUUGCUCUGCUCGCGUCCUUGGCACACUACGCCGCCUGCGCUGCAGAUACUUGGUCAUCGGAGCUGGGCAUCCUGGCUACCGCCCGUCCGCGGCUCAUCACCGCGCCGUGGCGGCUCGCUCCGCCCGGCACAAACGGAGGCGUGACGCUUGUUGGCACGGUCGCCGGGCUGGCUGGUGGCGCCUUUAUUGGCCUCGCCCACGCCCUCAUGCUCGCAUUGCUCGGCUCGGAGCCGCUCGGGACCGCUCUAACCACAUGGGUCUUGCUGGGAGCUGCUUCCGGCCUCCUCGGCACCACCAUCGACUCGCUUCUCGGUGCCACCCUACAGUACUCGGGCUGGGACCCGGAGCGCAAAGUUGUCAUCGAGUCGCCGUCCGCCGAGCUCGUACACAUCACCGGCGCCGAUAUACUCGACAACCACCAAGUCAAUUUUGCGGCCUCGUUCUUUACCGUUGCCAUUGUCGUCGGAUCCGCCUGGACGUUGGCCUAG